AUGGCUGUUCCAUUCCCAGAUAUAGACCCAUAUGAAGUUUUGGGUGUGAGUAAUACGGCAAAUCCUAUUGAGGUGAAGCGAGCCUAUAAAAAGCUCAGUUUGAAGUAUCACCCUGAUAAGUUGAGGCAACAACAAAUAUCAAAUAACAACGGUGAUGAUACAAACGAUUUGUUUCCCAAGAUCCAAUUUGCAUACAGUGUUCUCUCAGAUCAUAACAGAAGACAAAGAUACGAUGCCACCGGUUCUUUGGCGGAGUUAGAAGAAGGUGAGGAUUCUUUCGACUGGAAGGAGUAUUUUAAUUCGUUGAACGAAAAAAUCACCGUCGAAAUGAUCGAGGAAGACAGAUUGAAGUAUCAAAAUAGUGAGGAAGAGAGAUCUGAUAUAUUACAGAACAUUUUGUUUUAUGAAGGUGACUUUUUGAAGUUGUUUGAAGUGAUUCCUCACUUGGAGUUUGAUGAACGAGAAGAAGAGAGAGUGUUCGUUAUUGUUGAAGAGUUGGAACAACAGUUCCCUCAAGAAUUCAGCAAGAACGCUGUGAAGUCGAUUGCAAAGUACCAAAAGUCCCGAAAGACUAAGGUGAAGAAUCAAUUGAAGAAAUUGGCCAAGGAAGCAAAAGAAGCUGAAAAAUUGGAAAAGCUCAUCAAGGGCAAGCAUAAGGGAAAUGACCUCCAAGCGAUUAUAAGAGCCAGACAGUCCAGCCGCAUGGAUGACCUUAUCAGUAAUCUUGAAAGUAAAUACGUGGAUAAGAAGGGAAAGAAAAGACUGAAUGUAUCUGAUGAUGAGUUCAAUAGGAUCCAACAGGGUCUUUUGAAUAAAAAGAAAAACGGGUUUAAAGCGUUUACACCUACUUUCACGCUUUUAUAG